UCCCUCUUCUCCCUGCAGUUUCGGGAGAACCUGCAGGAUGUGCUGCCCUCCCUGCCCUCCCAGGAUGACUAUUUCCUCCUGAAAUGGCUCCGAGCGCGCGGCUUCGACGUGCCCAAGUCGGAGGCGAUGCUCCGCAAGCAUGUCGAGGUCCGGAAGCACAUGGACGCCGACAACAUCAUUGCCUGGGAGGCCCCCGAGGUGAUCAGAAAGUACAUGUCGGGGGGGAUGUGCGGCUACGACCGGGAGGGCAGCCCCAUCUGGUACGAGAUCAUCGGGCCGCUGGACGCCAAGGGGCUGCUCUUCUCCGCCUCCAAGCAGGACCUGCUCAAGAACAAGGGCCGGGAGCCACCUGAGCCAGCCCCUGUCCUCCCAUCCCAGCUGGGCAAGAAGAUCGAGAUGGUGCUGAUGGUUUACGACUGCGAGGGCCUGGGCUUGAAGCACCUCUGGAAGCCAGCUGUGGACACGUACGGGGAGCUCUUGUCCAUGUUUGAGGAGAAUUACCCCGAGUCCCUCAAGCGCCUGUUUAUCGUGAAGGCCCCCAAGAUCUUCCCCGUGGCCUAC